AUGAACUUGACAGAGUUAAACCAGUCUGAUCUUUGUAUGCAAUUCUCCUGUCCAGAGAGAUAUGAAUCCCCUGCAGUUGAUAUCUUGUUGUAUGUGUGUUCAGCUGCUGUGGUUCUGCUAACAGUGUGUGGAAAUCUGCUGGUCAUUAUCUCAGUUUUUCACUUCAAGCAGCUUCACACACCAGCCAACACACUUGUCCUCUCUUUGGCUGUGUCAGAUUUCUUUAUUGGUGCUUUUGUAAUGGUGCCGAUGUUCAGUUGGACAAUCGAGUCAUGCUGGAUUUUUGGGAGUGACUUCUGCCUAAUUUUUUGGUUAAUUAAUGAUUUCCUCACAGUCUCCGCUACUUAUAACAUCACACUUAUUGCUGUGGAUCGAUAUUUGGCUCUCUCAAACCCAUUUCUCUAUAUAAGCACAGUCUCUAGGAGGAAUAUGUGCAAGGUUAUUUAUUCUACUUUAUUUGUGUGUCUGGUUUAUAUAAUUGCAUUCUAUUAUUCCAAUGGAAUAUUUACAGGUUAUUUAAUGUGUCCUGGAGAAUGUCUUCUCACUCUGGGUCAGGUUUGGUCAGUUAUUGAUCUUGUAGUGUCAUUUAUAUUUCCACUUUCUGUAAUUAUCAUAAUGUAUACUCUGGUUUUUGUGAUUGCUAAGAAACAUGCCACUGCUAUCAAAGAGCUUAAUAAUCACACACGGCCUAAAACACAGAAAAUCACAUCACACUCAAUGAGAUCUGAGAGAAAAGCAGCUAAAGUCCUCGGCAUUUUAGUUUCUGUGUUUCUGGUGUGUUUACUUCCAUAUUUUAUAUAUAGUUUAUUGGGUGAUGUUAUUGAACUACAGGCAGAAACUAUUCACAAAGUCGUUCUUGUAGCAUAUCUUAAUUCUACCAUUAAUCCAUUUAUUUAUGCUUUGUUUUACCCGUGGUUUAGGAAAUGUAUUAAAUUAAUUAUGACACUGCAAAUAUUGCAAACAGACUCUGCCUUAAUCAGUGUCUUUUCAUAA